AUGGCGAAAGACGACCAAGCGAUCGCGGCGAUACAAGAUGCCGGAAAGACGUUGUGGGAGAUCCUCGACGCAGUCAUUUCAGCCCCGGGAAUGGCAGCAACCGGGUUCAACAAGGGUGUUCAAGCUGUCCCUCUCCCCGGUCAUGGGGCAAAGUUGCCGAACCCCUGCUUGGAGGCAGCGAAGCUCUUGUCUGAUCACAUCGACGAACUUCCUAAGAGUGGCUUUGUGCAAGUGAUAGCGAGCGAUGGGGACGAGAGGAAAGGCUCCAUCAGCAGCCAGGGAUCUCGCAGGUUGAGCAAAUCGAUCAAGGAGCUCAUCGAGCAGACCGAUGCUGUCAUUGCAAGCUCCAAGACUCCAAUGUAUGUAGACCGCAAAUCCAACUCAUCAACCGAGAAAGGCAAAGCAACAGAGGAGGAGAAGAACGAGCUGUUGAGCAAGGUUAUGAAGAAGAUCCAGGAUAAGACCGAGAAGAGCAAGGAUGUCGCUGAAGACAUGGGCCUCCAAGAGCUGAUUGACAAGACCCCUCUUGCGCUGCUAUUGCCCAAGCCUCCAAAGGAGGAAAGCAAACCUGACAUUGCAACCGAGGCACUGGCCGAGCAAGCAAGACGGUCGACUGGUCUACAGGCCAAGCUGAAAGGAAUCGUGCAGGGAGUGAGAGAGCGCGCGGGUUCUGAGGAGAAGGAAAGUACGAUAUAA